UCCGUUGUACCACCCCAGAGGAAGGAGACAUGAAUCUCCGAGCAGAGAUGUCCUGCGGUCACGCUGUCACCCCGGAGUCUCUCACCGGGUGGUGUCGCAGCCUGCUGGAUCAGGGCCAGUACAAAUUCAAGUGUCCCGCGUUAAAGGAAGGUACCCUGCAGCAGUGUGGUACUGUGUGGACUUAUCAAGAAGUGCGCCGGCUUGCAGUGCUUUCACCUGAAGAAAUGCGUGACUUUGAACAGAAAAUGGCCCGCCUGGCUACUGCACAGUUCUGUGACUGUAAAUCAUGUCCUGGUUGCAAAACUUACAUAGAGAGAGAGGACCCAGCUAACCUCAGCGUGCAGUGCACGGUGUGCACGGCUGACAAGAAGAAAGUGUACAAGUUCUGUUGGCAGUGUUUGAAGCCGUGGAAAGGUAAAGCUCCACGCUCUGAUCGCUGCGACAAUGAUGGCUGCAUCAACCAAGACCUCGAAUUCCUGAGGACCUGCAAGACCACUGCUCUCCCUCAUGUGGAGGGGGUCACCGACUGCCCCUCUAUCCGGGCCUGUCCCACCUGCGGUCAAAAGGUGGAGUAUGACAAGACGGGCUGCAAGAACAUAAUCUGCCCCUGCUGCCAGGUAGAGUUCUGCUUUGUGUGCCUGAAGCUCACUCCUGAGUGCCUGAAGACCAGCUCCUACUUCAUCCCCUGCAGCGAUGGUGUGGCUCCCAGACAAACAUCCAUACCUGUGUGGCACAGAGACUAAAUACAUGCAUGCUUCAGUUUUAGCAUCUCGAGAAACUAAAACUGUUACAAACCAACUUGUUCAUGUUCAUUAAGAGAAUAAAGCUUAACUGCUGUGUUCCUUU